GGUCGCUGCCAUCACGAUGUCACCUCAUGAGGUAGGUGCCUCCGGCUAUAAACAGUCUGUAUUGCAAACUGUUGCCGAUGUAAUUGCUCUACCUAUAUAUACCUAAGAUUUUGCUCUUGAGCCCAUACAGGCCUCUCGCGCUUUGGAAAAUAAAUACUUUUUUUUUGGCAGCAUCCUAUCGUUAUUGGAUAUCAUUACAGCAUGGCUCAACAGAGGGCAACGGGUAAAAAGAUCCGCAAAUCCUGGGGUUAUACCUUUGAAUGGAUUGAUGGUCUUCACUAUGCUACCGACCAGUUGCAUUCCAUGAUGUUUACCUAUGACAAACUCGUAGAUGAGUGUCUUGAGCGUCUAGACGAGAUAUCACCUCCAGAUAGUAUCCGUGCAGAGACUCCAGGGACCUCCGAGGUACGAACGCCGAAGAGGGAUUUGUAUUCACUGCUGGAGAAACACGCAAAAGACGAUCCGAAACUUGAGCAGCUUUGGUCUGAAAUCAACAACGUCCCGGAUUGGGUCAACUGGGAGCAAAUCAAAAGGGGCCAAGAGGUGUUCUUCCGUUACGGACAUCCAAUCCUCAACGUACUCAGCUUUCAAAGCCUACUAGGCGGCAUGGGGUCUCCUCGCGUUGUUGAGACCUUGACUCGGACUGGAGGCUUCUCAACGGAUGUUGUUCGGCGCAGGCUCCUGGAAACUCUCCAACACGUUCUUCAGGUAUCCUUGUCAUUAGACUCGAUAAAGCCGGGAGGUAACGGCCAUGUUUCCUCCGUUCGUGUUCGGUUGUUACAUGCGUCGGUCCGUCGUAGAUUGCUCAGCCUUGCGUCACGCAGACCUGAUUACUAUAUUGUUGAGAAGUUCGGGAUUCCUAUUAGUGACCUGGAUUGUAUUGCAACUAUCAGUACGUUUUCGUCAAGCGUGGUCUUUGUUGGGCUUCCGCGACAAGGUAUUUUUCUGAGGAACCAGGAGAUCGAUGACUAUAUUGCUCUCUGGAGGCUUGUGGCCUACUACAUGGGUACGCCGACCGAAACUUUCAUGACAACAGCUCGGGCACGAGCCAUGAUGGAGUCGCUCGCCGUAUCUGAAUUAGAUCCAACAGAUACCGGGAAGAUACUCGCGCAGAACAUCAUUCUUGGUCUCGAAAACACUGCGCCCACAUAUGCGUCGAAAGAAUAUCUUGAGGCUAUGGCUAGAAAGCUCAACGGGGAUGAGCUCUCUGACCGACUUGGGCUCCCACGUCCCACCUUAUACUACCGAGUGCUCGUAUAUGGGCAUUGUCUCGUGGUCAUGGUGGCGUGUUAUGGACUCCGAGCGUUCCCAAAGCUCGACCAGGCUUUCAUUAAUUUACGUCGCAGGCUCUAUUAUAAGAUCAUCACGGAUAAGAAAGAAGGGCUAGGAGGCGAGAGCUUCUUCGAAUUCAAAUAUGUGCCAUUUUACAAUCGCACAACUCGUUUAGGGAAACGCAAGACAUCCAGACUGACAAGGAAUGGUGUAGAGACUCUAGCACAGAUCGGCCUUCUCGUUGCUUUCCUUGUUCUGAUAACCCUGUUCUGCGGGACUAUUUUCGGAUUCAAGUUGCUAGCCCCGAUGAUUGUUCCGGCUGCCUUUAUCUUAUAAAUCACCGGGAAACCCCAGUGGUUAAUGCUUCGUGUGGCGCUAUUCCCAUAUCCGUCCUCGUCAGUAGGAUGAUGUUUGAUAGCUAGUAUAAUAUAUAGUUACAGAUCUGUCAACCAUAAGC